AGAGCUGGGCGCAGGAGCCCCGGCAUUCAGGCCCGGCCCCUUUCUCUCAGCUUGGGGAGGAGCCGGACGGGGGCGGUGUCUGGUGAUCUUGAGAGGGUGGCCUGACCCCCGCCCCUUGGGAGAGGAACCCUGAGAUCGGUACUGGGAGAGCGCGGCGGGACUGGAGCUCAUACCGGCCCCUUCAGAGCCCUAGGGGGCGGAUCCGCGGGGGCAAGGGCUGCAGGAUGGGGAGGAAGUGGAGUGCUCACAGGGAUCAUGAGGGUGGGAAGAGCCCUGUGUCAUCGAGGACUCCCCUUGUGACCCUGGGCGAAGACAUUCGCUCUUUGUAGACAUUGGUUCCUUACUAGUAAAAGCAGGGUAGCAAUACUUGGCCCACAGCCCUCGCUCAGUUGAGGCAAGGAUCAGAAGUAGAUACUCGUAACUUGCAAACUGCAGAACAGAUGUCAGGGUCAGAAGCUGAACAAAUGUCUGUGAGCUGUAGAUUAUUUUGAUAACAAAUGUCAAAAAUAAUUGUGGUAGCAGCAUAUUGGAGUGGGAGAGGAGGGUGGCCUGGAGCCUAGAGCUAGAUAGAAGAUUAGAAGUACAGAAUUUAGAAGAACAAAGAAAGCUGAGACAUGAGGUUUCUUAAUAGAUUGUUUAGUAGAAAAGGCAUUACCUUCCACUAGUGGAGAGAUUACUGGGUGGUAUUGUGUGGGAGUAGAAAACAGGUUAGGGUUUGCAAAGAAUAAGAAUGAACUUCUGCCUUUAAGAAACCAUGGUGGUGAUGAUAAUGUCAUUUAUAGUGAUAGAGGAAUUGAGUUCAGAAUAGAAAUAUUGAGGUUAAGAGGAGUUCAGAUACAGCUUUACAGUGUUUAUCUUGAGCUAGCCAAGUUUUAAAAGGCAGAGCAAGCAGAGGUACUUUGGAAGUUAUCCUGUUUAGGGGUGAUACAUGAAAAAGAAUACUCGGUGGAAGGAGAGGGAGUUUACGAUAGACUAAAAUCACACAAAAAGUUUGUGGAGGGUAUUGCUUAAGGGGUUUGGAGAGAAAAGAACAUUUAGAAGUUUGGAUAUAUUUGUGGAUCCUGUGGCCUCUGGGAAGCUGCCUGAUCUUCUCUAAGGUAUCUUAUUGACAGCCGUUGGUUCAAGCAAUGGAAGAAGUAUGUGGGCUUUGACAGCUGGGACAUGUACAAUGUGGGUGAACACAACCUGUUUCCCGGCCCGAUAGAUAACUCCGGACUCUUUUCAGAUCCUGAAAGUCAGACCUUGAAAGAACACUUAAUCGAUGAACUGGAUUAUGUAUUAGUUCCAACCGAGGCCUGGAAUAAGUUAUUAAACUGGUACGGCUGUGUUGAAGGCCAGCAGCCAAUUGUCAGAAAAGUCGUGGAGCAUGGCCUCUUUGUCAAGCACUGCAAAGUAGAGGUAUAUUUGCUGGAACUGAAGCUCUGUGAGAACAGCGACCCCACCAAUGUGCUGAGUUGCCAUUUCAGCAAGGCAGACACCAUCGCAACCAUUGAGAAGGAGAUGCGGAAGCUGUUCAACAUCCCUGCGGAGCGUGAGACACGGCUCUGGAACAAAUACAUGAGCAAUACCUACGAGCAGUUGAGCAAGCUGGACAACACUGUCCAGGAUGCUGGGCUAUACCAGGGUCAGGUGCUAGUUAUUGAGCCCCAAAAUGAAGAUGGCACAUGGCCCAGGCAGACACUGCAACCAAAAUCAAGCAUUGCACCUAGCAGAAAUUUUACUACCUCUCCAAAAUCAUCAGCAAGUCCCUAUUCUGCAGUGUCUGCCUCUCCCAUUGCCAAUGGUGAUAGCACUAACACCUCUGGGAUGCACUGUUCCGGUGUCAGCAGGGGUGGAUCUGGCUUCUCUGCUUCAUAUAAUUGUCAGGAUUCCCCAUCGUCUCACAUACAGCCUGGGCUCUGUGGACUUGGAAACCUAGGAAACACCUGCUUCAUGAACUCUGCUUUGCAGUGCCUGAGCAAUACCGCACCACUGACUGACUACUUUCUCAAAGAUGAGUAUGAAGCGGAAAUCAACAGAGAUAACCCUCUGGGCAUGAAAGGGGAGAUUGCAGAAGCCUACGCAGAGCUCAUUAAGCAGAUGUGGUCUGGAAGGGAUACUCAUGUGGCGCCUCGCAUGUUCAAAACCCAGGUAGGACGUUUUGCUCCUCAGUUCUCUGGCUACCAGCAACAAGACUCUCAGGAGCUGUUAGCCUUUCUCCUAGAUGGAUUGCAUGAAGAUCUGAACCGAGUGAAGAAGAAGCCCUACUUGGAGCUGAAGGAUGCCAACGGGCGGCCAGAUGCGGUGGUAGCAAAGGAAGCCUGGGAGAACCACAGGUUAAGGAAUGACUCCGUGAUUGUGGACACUUUCCAUGGCCUCUUUAAAUCCACUUUGGUUUGCCCAGAAUGUGCUAAGGUUUCUGUGACCUUUGACCCAUUUUGCUAUUUAACUCUCCCACUGCCUUUGAAGAAAGAUCGAAUUAUGGAGGUCUUCUUGGUUCCUGCUGACCCUUGCUGUAGACCUACCCAGUACCGUGUGACUGUGCCGCUGAUGGGGGCUGUGUCGGACCUGUGCGAGGCUCUCUCCAGACUAUCGGGAAUUGCUGCGGAAAACAUGGUGGUCACAGAUGUGUAUAAUCACCGGUUCCACAAAAUUUUCCAAAUGGACGAAGGUUUAAAUCACAUCAUGCCUCGGGAUGACAUUUUCGUGUACGAAGUCUGCAGCGCCUCCGCGGAUGGCUCAGAAUGUGUUACGCUGCCUGUCUACUUCAGGGAGAGGAAGUCCAGGCCGUCGAGCACGUCCUCCGGGGCAGUGCUGUAUGGGCAGCCACUGCUGCUUUCUGUCCCCAAGCACAAGUUAACCCUCGAGUCCUUGUAUCAGGCUGUUUGUGAGCGUAUCAGCCGCUAUAUAAAACAGCCUUUGCCUGAUGAGCCUGGCAGCUCGCCCUUGGAGCUAGGGGCCUGCAAUGGCUCCAGGGGCAGCUGUGAAGGAGAAGAAGAAGAAAUGGAACAUCAGGAAGAAGGCAAAGAGGAACUUUCAGAAACAGAAGGCAGUGGGGAGGAGGAGCUGGGAAGUGAGACCAUCCAAAAGAAGGUUGAAGGUCAGACCUGCCCAAAAAGGCUCUUCACCUUCAGCCUUGUGAACUCCUAUGGAACUGCUGAUAUAAAUUCACUUGCAACUGAUGGAAAACUGCUUAAACUCAACUCUCGAUCCACACUGGCCAUCGAUUGGGACAGUGAGACCCGAAACCUUUACUAUGAUGAGCAGGAGUCUGAAGCCUAUGAGAAGCAUGUGAGCAUGUUGCAGCCACAGAAGAAGAAGAAGACCUCAGUGGCCCUGAGAGACUGCAUCGAGCUCUUCACCACCAUGGAGACCCUUGGGGAACAUGACCCCUGGUACUGUCCCAACUGUAAGAAGCAUCAGCAGGCCACAAAGAAGUUUGACCUGUGGUCCUUGCCCAAGAUCCUGGUGGUCCACCUGAAGCGUUUCUCCUACAACAGAUACUGGAGGGAUAAGCUUGACACAGUCGUGGAAUUCCCGGUCAGAGCUCUGAACAUGUCCGAGUUUGUCUGUGACCUGUCAGCAAGGCCGUAUGUGUACGACCUCAUUGCCGUGUCCAAUCAUUAUGGAGCCAUGGGGGUUGGCCACUAUACUGCAUAUGCAAAGAACAAACUGAAUGGGAAGUGGUAUUACUUUGAUGAUAGCAGUGUGUCCCUGGCCUCUGAGGAUCAGAUAGUGACAAAAGCAGCGUAUGUGCUAUUUUACCAGCGUCGGGAUGAUGACUUUUCUAAGAUACCUUCACUCAUGACUUUUCCUGGUUCCUCUGAUGGAAGGAUGAGACCAAGCAGCUCUCAGCAGGGCUUGGGGGAUAACGAGGCCUGCAGCAUGGACACCAACUGACGCCUCGGCAACCCUGCCACCCUGCAGCACAGUGUAAUCCCCCAGAAGGGCAUCUCGGACACUCUGAAGACUGCUAGUGUUCAGUCUAAAAACCAGAUGAAGUUCCUUUCUUGAAUGAGCAGAAGGAAAAAAAAAAAAAAAAAAAAGACCCU